AGGGUCCUCCGUCCUCGAGUCCUCAACCCCUCCUGUCCUUCUCAGUUCCCGAGAAAGAAACGAUCUCACGCGAAAGAGGAUUUGGUUAACGACAAAUACUACAUAUUAUGAAGGUGUGUUUGUCUUUUUGUUUGAUUUCGUAAAUUGGAAAGUUCGAACUAUCACAAUAGGGAGCACGUUUCCGGGUUUUUUUUUACUCAGGCUCGAGUCGCGAGAACUUCCUCGUUCAGCAACACCGACACUGAGCAGCAUGUUGACGCUACGCAGCCUUGCUGCUCACUUGUCGCUGAUACCUGCCUCAGGUAACAUGAUCAUGCACCGUCUCAGUGCCCCAGGUUCGAUACACCGGCCUGGCGUUACAUCGCUGUUCGGGAGCAACGGUCCUUUGCUGGGACAAGCUGUCACGCUCUCCCGUCAGUUACACAGAGAGACACCGGACGUGGAGGUGGAUCUACGGCAGCUGGACGGUGAAGACUCCGGUAUAGCUGAAGUGUUGAUGUGUCGGCAGAAAGCCAGGAACGCUCUAGGGAAUGUGUUUGUGUCUCAGAUGAGGGAGAUAGUGGCGUGUGUGUCCUGUGAUGCGGCUGUCCGUGUGCUGGUCUUCAGGAGUCUGCUUCCAGGCGUGUUCUGUGCAGGGGCAGAUCUGAAGGAGAGAGCUCAGAUGAACAACACACAGUCUGACCUGUUUGUUCACGGCCUGCGCUCACUGAUGAUGGAGAUAGCCUCGUUGCCCAUGCCGACCGUAGCAGCGCUGGACGGUGUGGCCCUGGGAGGGGGUCUGGAGCUGGCCCUGGCCUGUGACCUCCGCACCGCCGCCUACUCUGCACAGAUGGGUCUGAUUGAGACGACACGAGGGCUGCUCCCAGGAGCUGGGGGCAGUCAGCGCCUGCCGAGAGCUGUGGGUGUUGCUGUUGCCAAGGAGAUGAUUUUCACAGGUUUGAGGGUAGGGGGCCAGAGAGCGGAGGAGCUGGGUCUGGUGAACCGGGCCGUGCCCCAGAACCAGACUGGAGACGCAGCAUACAGGGAGGCGGUCAGCCUGGCCCGGGAGAUCCUACCCCAGGCUCCCAUCGCUGUGAGGAUGGCCAAGGAGGCCAUGAACAGAGGCAUAGAGGUGGACUCCACCACAGGCAUGGCUAUAGAGAGGAUGUGCUAUGCCCAGGUCAUACCAACUCGAGAUAGACAGGAGGGCAUGGCAGCCUUCAUAGAGAAGAGACCACCUCAUUACACUGGAGAGUAACACACACACACUAUAACCACUUUCGAGUAACACAUCCACUAUAACUUAAGUAGAAAAAUACACACUAAACACACACACACUAACCUCUCAUAUCCAUCCACCCAGUCCAACUAAGGAAAUGUCUAAGAAGUUUAAAUAAAUAUUGUCAAAUAAGAUUAUCACUAAUAAAAUGUUUUUCACAUAACUAUCACUUGCAA